AUCCCCCACCCACACAGGCCAUUGAAGCAAGCGAAAGCAAACCGGGAAGCGUGGGUGGGAGACCUGACCUCACCUCACAGGCUCACAGCAGAAGCGGAGACGUUUGCUCAUCAGCAGAGAGAGAGAGAGAGAGAGAGAGAGAGAGAGAGGAUAAGCCCAAGAAGGGACGCGAGAGAGGACGAAGCCUUGGAGGACCUCAGAGGAUUCCAGUGCAGAAGGAUUUGGUGAGGAAUCUCAUCAUGCAGACUUCAAAAACAAGGAAUGGGCCUUCAGAUGCCCCGCAGAGGACUUCUCCAAGGACACCACGGGCAUCUCGUGUGGCCAAAACUGGAGGGAAUGAAACUGAUUCUGCAGGAGUUACCCCGACAAGAACACCUACAGACAGGAGUCCUAAGGUCACUGAGCAGCGGUCUCCACGAAGCCCAAUUACUGAGAAGAAGCGCCCAAGUAGGCUAUCUGAACUGGAAUCCAAGGUCAGCCAGCUGCAAGAUGAACUGAAGAAGGCCAAGGAGCAGCUUAGCUCAUCGGAGGCACGAAGGCGCCACACACAGCAGGAGGCUGAGGAAGCAAAAAAGCAAGAGCAGGCUGCAACCUCGAAGCUGGAGGACUUGCAGCGCCAGCUUGACGAGUACUCAACAGCAGAGGAAUCCCGUCUCCAGGAGCUGCGCAAGAUCUCACAGGAGCGUGACCGUGCCUGGGAGUCAGAGCUCGAGGCUGUGCAGAAGCAGCAGUCAGUAGAUGCCACUGCACUCAACUCGGCCAUGUCUGAGAUUCAGAGGCUUAAGCAGCAGCUGGAAGCCACAUCAGAGUCUGACGCAGCCCGUGCUAAGCAAUGCGAGUAUGCAGAAGCUGAGAUCGAGGGCCUAAAGCAGGAGAUGGAGAUCCGCCUGGCGACCAUCGAGGGUCUGAAGGUAAAUGUUGGUGAGAGUGACAAGGCUGCAGCUGAGGCGAAUGCCGUGGCAACUGAGGCCAAGCAGCAGCUGGAGACAGCAAGAACCACCAUUGACUCGCUCAUAGCUGAGGGUGUCCGAAUGCAAGAGUGCCUGAGGUCAAAGGACAUGGAGCUCAAUGAGUCCAAGGCUCACAUAGUGUUGCUAGAGGAAGAUCUGAAGAAGGCACAGGAAAUGGCCAAUACCGAAGUCAGCUUUGGCGACCCUGAGCCUGAAGCCCUGAAGAAGGUGGUGACUGGUGAUGGCAAUGGGUUCUGUGACAGUUCUGACCAGGAGAUUGAGCACUUGCGGACUGCGCUUGAGGUGGCUGAGAUAAGGUACCAGGAGGAGCAAACUCGGAUGACUAUUGAGACGAAGACAGCAUAUGAGAUGUUGGAGAAUAUGAAGGCUGAGUACACGCGCAGAGUGGGCGAGCUUGAGCUUGAGCUGAAGAACAAGAACGACGCACUCAUGGAAGCAACGGCCACAGCCUGUGCUGCGGGCAAAGUGCAGCAGGACCCUCAUAAAUCAGAUGCCAUGCAGCCUGAGCUGGAGGCCAAGCUGAUGAGGUCGAUCACGGACAUUGCUGAGUUGAAGGCAAGCCUGAUGGACAAGGAGAACGCGCUGCAGAGCCUGGCGGAGGAGAAUGAGACCCUCAAGACUCAGGCUGGCAGGACAGAGGCCGAGCUGCAGCAGAAGUAUGAGGUGGCGGUGGCGGAGCUGGAGCUGGCCAAGGCUGCAGAGCAGGACGUGCGGAUGCGGCUGGGCCUGGUCACCGAGGAGGCCGACAAGAGCAGCCGGCGUGCGGCCCGGGCCUCCGAGCAGCUGGACGCCGCGCAGGCCGCGAGUGGGGAGAUGGAGGCGGAGCUACGCCGGCUGCGCGUGCAAUCCGACCAAUGGCGCAAGGCUGCCGAGGCUGCCGCGGCCGCUCUGUCCGUCCCUUGCGGCGGGGAUAACAACGGCGUCGGGAGGACAGUGGAGCGCAUGGGGUCACUGGAGCCAGAGUACAACAACUCCAUCGGCGGGAAGCUGAUGAGCUCGCCGUUCUCAGACGAGGUGGAUGAGGGGUCCCCGAAGCGGCGCAACAGCGGCAGCGUGCUGCGCAGGAUGAGCGGGCUCUGGAAGAAGAGCCCCAAGUGAGAUGGAUCGAUCAACCAACUGGCAGCCGGCCAGGUCUUGUAGUGUAGUUGCAGGUGCGGCAGCAGCAGGAGGAAGCAUCAAUAUGAGAUGUUACAGCAACCAGGAUGGGGGUAAUACUGAUCAGCAGAGGUUGUUGUCAACGCUGCUUUGUAAUGCUACAAAUCCGGAUGCUGUAAGAGUAGAAGUAACCAGUAAGCUGAUGAAUGCAGCAGGGAUGAUAAUGCUUUUGCAGAACAUGAUUACUCUAGCUUUGUAGGACAUGUUCAUCUUGUUUGGCUGAUGCAAGUGAGAACUCGAAAGAACCUGUUGAGUUGUCGAGGAGCAGCUGCUUUGGGCUGCCUAUUCUGUAGUGCUUUCCUACGAUUUUCAGCCAGAAUCUUUGGAUGCCUUUGCUUGUU